UUUUCCCAAAAAAGUAAACAAGAGAUUUCGCGAUCAAAAUUUUCAAAAUCUAAAGGAGGAGAAAAAAAAAUGGAGCUGCUCAAGUUAUCGAAAUUCAAGCUGCAGCUUCAGUCGUUGAUCAGCGAAGUACGAGAUCUGCGUGGAAGAGAACGAUCGGUCACUGAUCAACUUCAUCUUCUGAAUCAGAAACAGAAGCAAACCGAGGAGGAAUGCAGCAAAAAGGUUCAGGAAUUGAAGGAUGAGUUAGACUCGUCUAGAGAAAUACAGGAGAAGCUCGAGAGGAAGGUAAAUUACCUUGAAAACGACUAUGUUUUGCUAGAGAACAAGCAGAAUGAGUUGAAGGUGACUAUACAAAGUUUGCUGCAAACACGGGAAAGUUUCCUAAAUGGCUAUCAGGAAUCCUUUUACGAAAUGAAACGUUCAAUCGAAGCAAGGGACAGGAAGAUUGUCACUCUAUACGAGAAGAUAAACUCUCACUUGUCAUUGUUCGAUUCGAUCGAGAAGGAGGCAUUGGCAAUUAAAAAGGUCAUACAAGACGUUCAUCGUGUUGUGGUUCAAAAAGAAGAUGUAGUAGCUGGCAUAAAAGAGAAAAUGGACCAAGUCUCUACAUUUGAGAGAACGUUUAUCAAGAAGAUCAGCAAUUUAGAAGACAAAAUAAAAAAUCAGGAAACAGAAUUGCAGAGCAAGGUUUCAGCACAACUGGAAUCAGCCAAAAUAAAAAAUGAUUGCCAAGCUCGAGUAGAAGAACUUCAGAAAACUUUGCAGGCCAAAGAUUUAGUUGUGGAGAAGUUGGUUUCUGAAAAAGAGGCAUUGCAUACUGAAGUAAAAAGUUUGGAGACGAUUCUACGAAGGAUUCAAGAGUCCAUUUCCAUUAUGAAAGAAGAGGAUAAACGGGUAUUUACCUCGAUACUGACAUGCCAACAAGGUACAAUUACACAUUUCACAGUGUGGGUGAACCUCCGAGUAAAACGCCUCCUAUGAAUGCCCAAGAAAACACAGCAAACAUUGUUCCAUCGCCUUCACCAUUCUAUCAAAAGCACACCUCGGAUAGCAAUUCCUUGCUAGAGACUAAUCAGCUGGCUUUACCUCUGACGCCAAAGCAUAAUCUUGUCAGUGAUGCUGUCCACAAGACUAAUCAUCCCGAG